UUGCAGAUAAAGGAACAGAUUGAGAAAGAGAAAAUAGACAGCAAUGCUAACAAGGCAAAAGUGGUGCAUAGAAUAUUUUUUGAAACUCUUGUGAGGUUUCUUGAUCCAGGCAGCAAGCCAUACGAAAUGCAAAAGGAAAAAAGCAAUGUCGUAGUGUUUGUGGGACUACAAGGUUGUGGAAAAACAACUUCGAUAUGCAAGUAUGCAAAUUUUUACAAAAAGAAAGGAUUUAGAGUCGGGAUUGUAUGUGCAGACACGUUCCGAGCAGGAGCUUUUGAUCAGAUAAAGCAGAAUGCAUCUAAG